CGUCGGUCCGCCGAGUCGUCCUUACACGGGGUGCUCGCUGCCGCCUCGGCCCUGCAGCGCACGCCGUCUCGUCUCCACGACUUAUAAUAAUACGUUUAGCGCCUGGCACACGUUAUUGUGAAUGAUAACGCUUUACUAUUAUGACCGUCUCGGCUACUGGUUUAUAAUAUCAUCGUCAUCGUAAUGAUUUGCACGACAUUAUAGUAUAAUAUUUUCCCGCGGAACGUGGCAAUGACGACGACCGAGCUGGCGGAUGACAGUGUCGAGAGAUCGCGCGAGCUAGACGUCGAUGAUGGAUCGCACACCAGUCGAGGUUAAAAUUCACUCAUUGACGAGUAUACGCCGAAAUAUAACGAUAUAUCGCCAUCACGUACGUGGAUACGUUUAGAUCUAUACUAUUCAUUAUUAUGACGACGUAUGCGGUGAUUACUUUUUGCACCAUGGUACUGAUCGCGUUUCUCGCGUUUGGUACCGACGUCAGGAGUCUAGGAUUGGUGUCUGCUGAUAGAGAGGGACUGUCACAGAUGCCGUCACUGUUUUCGUCGGUGGUGCAGAAUCGGCAGACUUAUCCAGGUGAUAAUCCGUUGGAACAGAGUUAUGAUUCCACGGGUGACAACAGUGAUGAUGAUGACAACGAUGACGACUUAGCUUAUAAUGAAGACAACAACAGUAAAGAGGAACGCGAAGAUCAGCUGGACCAAGACGACCCAGUAAGUACGGUAACAGUGACUGCCGUUCGUGGUUCGAUAGCUUGGCUGCCGUGUGACAUAGAUGGUGGUAAUAAUGACGGUUUGCCAAAACAACCUACGAGAGUCACGUCGAUCGUUGGCGGAGAAGGGAAAACUAAAGACUUGACCAACACGAUCGAAGACCGAGCGUACAUGGUAUUGUGGUUCAAACACCAUUCGAUGACAAUUCGUCACCGGAAUAGUAAAUCAAAAAAUAAAAAAAUAUGGUCCGGAGGAAAACCUUUGUACAGUUUCGACGUGCGUGGAAGACCGUUAGCUCACGCAUUGAAAUGGUCUUCGGACGAAGAGAGCGGAGGAUUUGGGCCCAGGGCGUCGUUUCUGGUGUUUGGUGGUAAUAGCGGCAUUGGACGGGGAAAAUGGUCAAAACAGCAUACUUUACUGUUGGACGAUUACAACAGCAACCUAUAUGACAACAGUAGCAGAGCAGUACUCAAAGUCACCAACGUGACUGAACAGGAUGCCGGAGCUUACAGGUGCCGAGUAGAUUUCCGCGAUUCACCUACGCGAAACUACCGGAUAAUCCUGAGGGUCAUAGUACCACCCGAUAAAAUGACAAUCACUUAUAACGGAGUAGAAACAGAAAUCGACGAUGGAUUAUAUCACACCAUUGGUCCAGUACCAGAAGGUGGCCGAUUGGUAUUGGAAUGUCGAGUUCGAGGAGGGAAACCCAAACCACGGGUGCAGUGGUACUCGGCGGAUGGCAAAGUCACCUCAUCGCUCAGUACGGGAACAAUAAUAGAUUCUGCAAAGGAAGUAUCUUACGGAAACAAAAACGACGAUGAAGAAAUAACUACCAAAAGUCUCGUUAUUCAUCAACUGAAUCGAAGUCAUGCUAAUAGCACAUUUACAUGUUUGGCUGGAAAUGAUGACAACAACAUGCAAUCAAAUCUCCGAAUGACAGUGCUGAUAAACAUGUACUUGAAUGUGAAAAGUGUACGUAUUGUUGGCAUACAUCCAAUAGGCGAAUCAGAGAACAUGGUCAAUUAUAACGAAGACAAUAAUAAUGACGGAGUUGUACAAGCAACAAAUCUUAUAUCUGGUAAGUGGUAUACGGGCGAAUGUUGGGCCGAGGGCGCAAGUCCUAAAGCUGUGAUAGAAUGGUCUAUUGAUGGAAACGGUACAUUAGCUGACGAAAUACCCUCUUCUCCGACAACGACUCGUAUAACAGUAAUGAAACAAACCGAACAUAGCAGUAGAAUUCGAUUGAGACCAACACCAAGUGACGAUGGUCGUUAUUUACGAUGUCGAGCUUGGAACCCUGAUAUUAAUACUACGAAAGAUAAUAUUAAAAAUAAAGCUUUAUUACUUAACGUCCAAUAUCCGCCUAUAGUUAAAUUAAGUUUGGGCCAUACAUUUGAUCCAAGUAGAAUCAAAACAGGAGACGAUGUGUAUUUUGAAUGCAAGGUGUUGGAUGGCAGCGGGAGCAAAGGAAAACAACGUAAUCGCAUCGAAUGGUACCACAACGGUCACCCAAUCUUGCAAAAUGGCAGUAGCAAUGGAAGCGUCAGCAUCGACUCGGAAAUCAAAGUCGUUCUUUUAAGCGCUGGAACUUUGGUUAUAAGGAACGUGGGACGACGCCAUUCCGGCCGGUACACAUGUCAAUGUAAUAACGAUCUUGGAAUGGGACGGUCACGACCGGUCACCCUCCGCGUUCAAUACGCUCCCGUUUGUGCGGACGACGGCAAUCAACUGCAAUUGGUGGGAGUGGAAGCCAACGAAAACAACGUACGCAUCGUGUGCCGCGUAAGAGCCGACCCGGCCGACGAUCGCGUUCAAUUCGAGUGGCUCGUGUGGCCGGGCGCAGCGGCCGCGGCCACAGGCGAGCUGCACCAGCAACAGUCACCGAGUGUGGUAGCCACCGGUAGCUACGUCACCACUGCCCUGCCUAACCAGCGAAACGACACGGCCAUCGGCGAACUUGUCCUGCCGGCUAUGUCUGUCGGUGUCCCGGACGUGGUCCAGUACGCAGAUAGAACGUCGCGCGUCAAAAAGCCCAUCGUGCUGGACACGGUCAGCUGUCGGGCCACCAAUGCCGUCGGCCGUCAGCAAAACCCCUGUUUGUAUCACAUCAUACCGGCAUCACCUCCGGGUCCAUUGACUGGCUGCGCAAUACGAUUGCCCAAAGAUCAAGAACGCCACGUUGGUAUCGAUAGUAGGCAUCACCAACAGCAUCAUCAACGACCCACGUCACCCAUCCAAGACGAUGGGGAAGACAAAGACUUGGCAACAAUAAGUUGUACUUUAGACAACGAUGGUGGAGUUAGGCCAGUGACUUACUCGUUGGAGAUUUAUGAGAGCAAUGAAUUGACCACGACAUCUUACGGAUCACCCUACACGACGGCGGACGAUAGCGUCUACGACGUUCAACGUAAUAAGUACCGCGGCGAAUGGCUCGCGGACAACGUUACGGGCACCGCGGCCAAGUCGUUGAUGGGCGGCGGUUCGAUCGAGUACCGCGUAAAUCGCAAGAACCUGCGACUGAGAAACGGCCCGGACGACGAUCGUAAACAUUUGACACUGUCCGCGUACGCAGCCAACCGCAUGGGCCGAGGCCCGCACACGUAUUUCGGCAGCGACAACGUGAUGCUGUUGAGGCAUCCUUGGUGGUGGCGCGGCCAGUCAGCAUACGAAAGCAGUACGAGGGCGAACGGUGGUCCGGCCGGCACUUCGUCGACCGAAUGGUGGAUAAUGUUGAGCGGGGGCGGCGACAACGACGGUCGGCGGAGCAACGCGUCGAAUGGCCACGGCAAAAGCACCACAGCGAUGAGCAUCAUAGCGUUCGUUUCGGUAGCGGUGAUUUCGGCGAUAGUCAUCGCGGUGGCAUUCCUGUUGUGGAGACGGCGGCAGAGCGACGGCAGAUCGCCGACGAUAGUAGAAACCGCGGCGAUUGCGUCCAACGACCUGGCGGCGUGCGGCGACAAGACCGGCGAAAAAUAUUCGCUGCUCUCCCGGCGACCGCAGCAGCAGCAACAGCAACAGCAACAGCGAAGCGUCUACCCAAAUUUGACCGAGUCGCACUGCGAUCGGGAUCCCUGCGAUUCCGCAGAUUCCGCGCCCGACAUAACGAUCCAACAGAGCUACGGCAAACAGUUUUUAGUGUCGAUCGUGAACCGCGGCAUUCCUGGCCCCGAGAGUUGUGUGUGAACGACGACCUGGUGUUCACAUCACAUGAUUAUUAACCAACUACCUUGUUACCUUGUCAACUACCUAUCCAUAUAAUAUAAUAUACAGUUAUACACGCACAAUAAUAAUAAUAUAAUAAUAAUUUAUUAUUAUUAUUAUUA